AUGGCCACGCUGCCAAAGGACCUUCCGUCGCUAGAAGAGCUAUUUGUUAAUUGCCUGCAGAAAAGACUUGAGGGGAGAAACUCUGCAGAACUUGAAGUCGUUGACGCUGUAGAAGAGGAGUUUACGCAACUUUACAACGCGACAUAUCCUGUUGCCACGCUUCGCGGAAGUUUAGCUGAUUUGGAGCGUAGCUUGGACAAUGCGCGCGAGAACAGGCUCCAUCUCCAUCGAGAGCGUACCAGAGUAAUGCUCGAAGAAAUAGAAUCUAUGCAGAGACAGCUGGCCGCUGAAAAAGAGGUGCUGGACCGGCUCACACGGAGGCGAAACGAGCUCCUCGAACGUUGGUCGGCAGCAGCGCACCGACGGGUGCUGCAGAAUGCACUGCAGGAACAGGCAGCGGCAGUUGAGGAUGCCCGCCAGGCAUUAAUUCAGUGUCGUCGUGAAUGCACUUUUGAUGAAAUACGAAGCUAUGGGGAGAACUUUUUGCAGAAACGCACGCGACAGCGCAUGAUAGAGGAUAUGAUUGGCCGGUCUGAAGAUUUUUUGACGAGGAAUCACGCUUGA